CCGCAAAUUCGCAAGUUGAAUUGAAUUUAUAAGUUGGUAAAGUUGUUCUUGUAAAUUGUCUUUAAUAAAUAUAAAAACUGUUUCAAUUCAUUCCAUUAAGGACUACGAAAAAUCUUGGAACAUUUUUAUUAUAACUUAUAAAUAUCAAUAAGUGACAUUAAAAUGUGGAACGAUCAAUCUGUUACGGGAGGUGGUUUUUUUAACACACAAAAUCAAUUCGGUAAUGUUAACACUCCAAACCAGCCCCAGAAAUCGGGAAGAAGAGCUUCUCGUACAGCUCCAAUUGUGAUUAAACAAGCACUACAUAGUGGAGACGAUGGAGUAAAAAUAUGGGGAACGGAGAUCCAAAUUGUGUCCGUAGUAGCCAGAAUAAGGAAUAUACAAGUGCAGAGCACUAAAAUAACAUACACUAUACAAGAUAUAACUGGUAGAAUGCGAGCAGUACUGUGGCUAGAUAUGGAAGCAAUGGAUGAAGAUGAUAAAUCUGCUCCAAAGGUGCAAGUCAAUGAUUAUAUACAAAUCUAUGGAAAUGUCAAAACUAACAAAGGUAAAAAAGUCAUUAUGGCAUUCAAAAUAAUGCCAAUCACAGAUAUGAAUGCUAUAACAUUCCAUUACCUACAAUGUAUUAAUAAUAAACUGAAGAUGGAAGCAGAUUUUAAGAAGAAAAAAACUGAACCAAAUGCUACAUUCACUAGUGGAUUGCCAGCCAAUUCCAUGGUUGGCAUGGGUGAUAGUGCUUCAGUGAAUGGAUUAAAUCCACGGCAAGCAAUGGUAUAUAACCUCAUUAGAGCUUCCACACAGGAACAAGGUAUAAGUAAACAGGACAUGUUUGCUAGUCUGAAGGACAAGAUGUCUCAUGUUGAAUUUGAAAACACCCUGGAAUGGAUGUGCGGUGAGGGACACAUAUAUUCAACUAUUGAUGAAGAACAUUUCCGCGCUACAGACGCCUAAGAAAACAAUUGUAUGCUUAAAGUUUAUUUUUGUAAUUUGUGGAUAAUAAAAUAAGAGUACUUGUAUUUCA